AUUGGCCCUGAACUGCAGGGCUAGAAUGGCCUUUGAAUUCAAUGAUUCACGAAGCUCUUUCAAUGCCAACAUCUUCAGCACGUUCUGCUCAGCAUCUGAACACUCUUCGGACUUUGGCAUGGAGUCCUCCAAGAAGGUCACUUUCUCAGUGCUCAGCUGGGAGCAGCCGGAAGGGGUUGGAGCACGGGUCCGCAGAAGCAUUGGCAGGCCCGAGUUAAAAAAUCUGGAUCCAUUUUUACUGUUUGAUGAAUUUAAAGGCGGUAGACCAGGUGGAUUUCCUGAUCACCCUCAUCGUGGUUUUGAAACAGUAUCUUACCUCCUGGAAGGGGGCAGCAUGGCCCAUGAAGACUUCUGUGGACACUUUGGGAUAUUGAACCCCGGAGAUCUGCAGUGGAUGACGGCGGGCCGGGGUAUUCUGCAUGCUGAGAUGCCUUGCUCGGAGGAGCCAGCGCAUGGCUUGCAACUGUGGGUUAACUUGAGGAGCUCUGAGAAGAUGGUGGAGCCUCAGUACCAAGAACUGAAAAAUGAAGAUAUCCCUAAGCCCAGUAAGGAUGGUGUGACCGUUGCUGUCAUUUCUGGAGAGGCCCUGGGAAUAAAGUCCAAGGUUUUUACUCGCACACCAACCUUAUAUUUGGACUUCAAAUUGGACCAAGGAGCAAAGCAUUCUCAGCCUAUUCCUGAAGGGUGGACAAGCUUCAUCUACACCAUAUCUGGAGAUGUGUAUAUUGGGCCUGAUGAUGCACAACAGAAGAUAGAACCUCAUCACACAGCAGUGCUGGGGCAAGGGGACCAUGUCCAGGUAGAGAACAAGGAUUCCAAGAGAAGCCAUUUUGUCUUGAUUGCUGGAGAGCCAUUAAGAGAACCAAUCGUACAACAUGGUCCAUUUGUGAUGAACACAAAUGAAGAGAUUUCUCAGGCCAUUCUCGAUUUCAGAAAUGCAAAAAAUGGAUUUGAAAGGGCCAAGACCUGGAAAUCAAAGAUUGGAAUCUAGUGAAGAACACAAGAGAAGGUCUUUAUGCUUCUUAGGAUUUUGCUGUUUGUAAUUUCCAACCAUUCAAGACAUUCAGUGUCUAAAGCUGACUUAACUGGUACUUGGAAACAGUUGCAUCCGAAAGUGGUAUGGAUUCUGUAGCAGUGCAUGUAGGGCAUCUCUUGGUACACAUGAAUAAACCUAACCUUUACUUCUUUCAAAAUCAGUCUUCUUCAUUUUGACCUAAAUUGCUAAGCUUCUGCUAAAAAAAUUUUGAGGGGAGAUAUUUGGCAGAGUGAUGAAGACACUGCUUGGGGUGCCCUCAUCCCGUAUCAGAGCGCCUCAGUUUGAGUCCUGGCUCUGGCUUCUGAUUCCAGCUGUCUGCAUAUGUAUUACCCUGGGAUGCAGUGCUGACGGCUCAUGUACUAAGCUUCCAGCCACUCCCGUGAGUGACCUGCAUUCAGUUCCUGGCUUCUGGCUUCUGGCUUCUGGGUUCAGCCUAACCUAUCCCUGGCUAUUGCAGGCAUUUGGAGAAUGAAUGGAUGUGAGAUUCUCUCUCUCUCUCUCUCUCUCUCUCUCUCUCUCUCUCUCCCUUUUAAAUAACAAUAACAUUUUAAAAAUUGUGUUUGUUUGCUGUUUUGCAUGUGCACGUGGACACUUUUGUUAUUUUUGUAUGUACUUGACUGCUUUCUGCAUGUCACUGGCAGCAGAUCUGAAGUUCUCUGCUAAGCGAUGCUGUUGCUAUACAACAGUCCAGACUGUGCUGCGGUUUCGUGUUACAGGUUAUCUGCUUUAAAGGAACAGCAGUUCUGAGCACUUAAGUCAGUUUUUCAAACUGCCCUACCAUUGGUAGGGACGCAACAGGAUUACAGCCAAGACUUCCCUGCAUUUUCUGCCAAGAUCUGUGGCAGAUUUAAGACACAUGCUUCUGCAAGCUUCCAUGAAGGUUGUAAAAAAAAGUUUGAAUCCAGAGUUGGGUUCCAGCUUUCUGUGGCUGUGACUUUUGGUGGCCACGUCCUUGUAAAGCAACUUGAACCUGAGGCUUAGGGUGGAGAGACUGUUUUUUUAAAUUUGCUGGAUGUGAAGUGAAUUCAGAGUGCUUUCUAGUUUCAGGUGGAAGACAUGUCCACUUCUUGAUUAUUUUUGGAGCAUGAGAACAUUUUACAAUUUUUUUUCAUCUCCCUGCCACCAGGUUGUGCCAAAAAAAGUACCUUGCCUAAUUGAAGUCAUUUCAUUGGAUUUUGAUCACAAGUGAUUGUUUCUUCCAUGUGAAGUUUGGGGUUUUGAACUUUCUUUCUGGAGAAUGCCUUUUGAAACAAUUUUCUCUGCCUGCUUGAUGUCAACUGCUUAGUAACCUGUGGAUAUUAAACUAUUCAAAAUGUA